AUGCCUCCGGUGACGGGUCAGUCUCCACACCCGUCCUCAACGUCCUCGCUGUUUACGGCUCAGUCUCCUAUCCAGUCUCAGCCAUCGACUAGAACACUCCCCUCCCCUCCAGGUGGACCGUACCCCAGGACCGCCAGUGCUGGUUCGGCUCAGUACUCGCCGAUCACCUCUCAGUCCGCCCACAGCAGCCAUCUGCAGGACCUCCAGCAUCAGAUAUCAACCAAAACCCUGGCGCUGCAGACUCUCCAGCGUGAACAUGACCAACUACUCGCGGCUUUUUCCCGAUCUCAGAUUCGAUGUACAGCCCUCGACAAGAAAUCUCAGGUGUCAGACCAUGAAAUCGUCACCCUGACCGAAGACAAAAUCCGGCUCCAGCAGCAGGUGGAUAUCCUCGAGGCUCAGGUGUUCGACCUAACCAAGGCACGCGACGAAGUCACUCAGCAAUCCACGGCUGACGGGGCGCAGUGGAGGCAGAUCAUGGCCAUGUCAUCCCAAUUGCAAAUUAAGGGUGCCGAGGAGGCCAGACGCUUCAAAACCGAGCGAGAUGCGUGGGAUGAGGAACGGGCUGCGUUACACACACGCAUCGAAGAGCUCGAAUCUGGCAACAACAGACGUCCCGAGAAGGAUUCUGACCCUGGUUCCACCACGCCAGUGGCGAGCGACUCUAUCCUGGCUUCCGACUCAGUGGAGGAGCUUCGUCAGGAAGUCAUCAAAGCGAGGAGGCGGUGUGUGGAACUGGAACUCCAGCUGCAGGAGUUGGCAGGCGAGGCCGCACAAAUUGACAACGCCAUCCAUGCCAUGGAAAAUGUACGAAGGAGUCUGUCAGGCAAGAAACGGACCUCGGACGAAACUUAA